AUGAGCAAUCCCAAAGGAGUCGCAGAGAACAUGCUGUGGGGAGGUCGUUUCACCGAGGGCAUCGACCCCCUCAUGAUGCAGUACAACAUGUCCUUGCCCUUUGACCGCAUCAUGUGGAAGCAAGACAUUGCCGGCUCAAUUGCCUUCGCCCGCGCCAACAUGAACAACGGCAUCCUGACCGCGCAAGAGUUCGCCGAGAUCGAGCGCGGUUUCGCGCAGAUUGCCCAGGAAUGGAGCACCGACACCUUCGAAGCCAAGGAGAACGACGAGGACAUUCACACCGCCAACGAGCGCCGACUCAGCGAGAUCAUUGGCAAGGAGAUCGGCGGCAAGCUGCACACCGGCCGCUCGCGCAAUGAGCAGGUCGCUACUGACAUGCGUCUCUGGCUGCGCGAUGAGCUGCGCAUUCUAGACUCCCACCUCUGCGACCUGAUCAAGGUCUCUGUCGCCCGCUCCGAGAAGGAGAUUGACAUCCUCAUGCCCGGCUACACUCACCUCCAGAAGGCCCAGCCCGUCCGUUGGUCCCACUGGAUGCUGUCGCACGCCACUGCCUUCGCUAGUGAGCUGCAGCGUCUGCGUGAGGUUAUUGCUCGCGUUAACCGUAGCCCUCUCGGCUGUGGUGCUCUCGCUGGUAACCCGUUCCAGAUUGACCGUCACGCUAUGGCUAAGGAGCUCGGCUUCGAUGAUCUGCUGUACAACUCCAUGAACACCGUCGGUGACCGUGACUUCGCUAUGGAGACUAUGCAGUGGGGUAGCUCUUUCAUGCUGAAGAUCUCCCGCUGGGCUGAGGAUUUGAUUAUCUACAGCAGUCUGGAAUUCGGUUUCGUCCGCCUGUCUGAUGCAUACUCGACUGGCUCCUCGCUGAUGCCCCAGAAGAAGAACGCCGACUCCCUGGAGUUGCUCCGCGGCAAGUCCGGCCGUGCGUUCGGCCAAAUGGCCGGUCUGAUGAUGACCAUCAAGGGCCUGCCCACUACCUACAACAAGGAUCUGCAAGAGAGCAUCGAGCCCCUGCUCGACCAUAUCAAGACCGUCAGCGACAGCAUCCAAAUCGCCACCGGCGUCCUGUCCACCCUCACCACCAUCCCGGAGAAGAUGACCGCCGCCCUGGCCCCUGAGAUGCUGGCCACCGAGAUCGCGGACUACCUUGUCCGCAAGGGCGUCCCCUUCCGUGAGGGCCACCACAUCUCCGGCCGUGUCGUUGCGCUCGCCGAGAACACUGGUAUCCCCAUGGACAAGCUCUCACUGGAGCAGCUCAAGGCUGUUGAUGCUCGCUUUGGCGACGAUGUCACGACUUGCAUGGACUAUGAGCGUGCCGUUGAGCUUAAGGAUGCUAUUGGUGGUACUAGCAAGCGUGCUGUUCUGGAGCAGACUGAUGUUCUGCGCAAGUUGCUUUGA